AUGAGAACUUUGCUGCAAGCAGUGGCACUCUGGGGGAAAAAGGCCCCUUCCCACAGCAUCACUGCCAUCAUGAUCACUGAUGAUCAGCGAACAAUUGUGACUGGAAGUCAAGAGGGUCAACUCUGUCUCUGGAAUCUCUCACCUGAACUAAAGAUUUCAGCGAAAGAACUCCUAUUCGGUCAUUCGGCUUCGGUAACAUGUUUGGCAAAAGCCAGGGACUUCUCUAAACAGCCCUGUAUUGUUAGUGCUGCUGAAAAUGGGGAGAUGUGUGUUUGGAAUGUCAUGAACGGACAGUGCGUGGAGAAGGCCAUACUUCCUUACAGGCACACUGCAAUCUGUUAUUACCACUGCUCAUUCCGGAUGAUGGGAGAAGGCUGGCUUCUUUGUUGUGGAGAAUAUCAAGAUAUCCUUGUAAUUGAUGCCAAUACUUUGGCUGUUGUUCACACUUUCACAUCAUCUCUGUCUCCUGAUUGGAUCAACUGCAUGUGCAUUGUUCACUCCAUGAGAAUUCAAGAAGAUUCUCUCUUGGUGGUAUCAGUAGCCGGUGAACUGAAAGUAUGGGAUCUCUCCUUGUCUAUCAACAGCAUUCAGGAAAAGCAAGAUGUCUAUGAAAAGGAAUCCAAGUUUCUCGAGUCCUUGAACUGCCAAACAAUACGUUUUUGCACAUACACAGAGAGACUUCUAUUGGUGGUAUUUUCUAAAUGUUGGAAGGUUUAUGAUUAUUGUGAUUUUUCCCUUCUGCUGACUGAAGUUAGUAGAAAUGGGCAGUUCUUUGCGGGUGGAGAGGUGAUUGCUGCUCACAGACUCCUCAUCUGGACAGAAGAUGGUCACAGUUAUAUCUAUCAGCUGCUGAACAGUGGGCUUUCAAAAAGCAUAUACCCUGCUGAUGGACGAGUGCUUAAAGAGACCAUUUAUCCUCAUUUACUGUGCUCUACUUCUGUGCAGGAAAAUAAGCAGAGUUUUCCAUUUGUUAUGGGCUACAUGAAUGAAAGGAAAGAACCUUUUUAUAAGGUACUGUUCUCUGGAGAUGUCUCAGGAAGAAUUACUUUGUGGCACAUCCCUGAUGUUCCUGUAUCCAAGUUUGAUGGUUCUCCUAGAGAGAUACCAAUAACUACUACCUGGACUCUUCAAGAUAAUUUUGAUAAGCAUCAUACUGUGUCACAAAGUCUUACUGACCAUUUUUGUGGGGUUAAAGACGGGACAGAAACUGCUGUAGUCACUUCAUCAGAAUAUGUUCCAAGUCUUGAUAAACUAAUAUGUGGCUGUGAAGAUGGGACAAUUAUCAUUACACAGGCUUUGAAUGCUGCCAAAGCAGGACUUCUAGAAGGUGGUUCUUUGUUAAAAGAUUCCUCUCCUCACAAAGUUCUUAAAGGCCAUCACCAAAGUGUCACUUGCUUACUUUACCCACAUGGUCUGUCUUCAAAAUUAGACCAAAGUUGGAUGGUGUCUGGGGACCGAGACUCCUGUGUCAUCUUGUGGGAUAUUUUUACUGAAAAAAUUUUGCAUAAAUUCUUUUUGGAAGCUGGUCCAGUAACAAGGCUUUUGAUGUCACCAGAGAAGUUCAGACUAAGGGGUGAUCAGAUUAUUUGCUGUGUGUGCAGUGACCAUUCUGUGGCUCUGCUUCACCUUGAGGGGAAGAGGUGCCUCCUGCGUGCCCGGAAGCACCUUUUUCCUGUGAGGAUGAUAAAAUGGCACCCAGUUGAGAAUUUUUUAAUUGUUGCAUGUGCAGAUGAUUCAGUCUACAUCUGGGAAAUUGAAACAGGCACUUUGGAAAGACAUGAGACAGGAGAAAGAGCACGAAUUAUUCUUAAUUGUUGUGAUGAUUCACAGCUUCUGAAGCCCGAGUCUGUACUUCCAGCGGCCUCAGAGACACAUAAGCACAAAAGUAUAGAACAGAAAUCCUCCAGCUCCUAUCAGCUUGGGCCAAUACCUUGCCCUGCUCUGAAGGCGGAGUCUUCAUGUAAG